CCGGCGAACGUGGUGGCGAAUCCGAGUCCCGGGAACAUAUUCGAUAAGUACCAGUUUGGGAAGGAGUUGGGGAGAGGGGAGUUUGGGGUGACGCACCGUUGUGUUGACAUAAAGAGUGGGGAAGCGUUUGCGUGUAAGAAGAUAUCAAAGUCGAAGCUGAGAACGGAGAUUGAUGUGCAAGAUGUGAGGAGAGAAGUCCAGAUCAUGAGACACUUACCUCAACACCCUAACAUUGUUUCUUUCAGAGAAGCUUAUGAAGAUAAAGAUGCGGUUUAUCUUGUUAUGGAGCUUUGUGAAGGUGGCGAACUCUUUGAUAGGAUCGUUGCUAAAGGACAUUACACCGAGCGUGCUGCUGCUAAUGUUACCAAAACCAUACUUGAUGUCUGCAAGGUGUGCCAUGAGCACGGAGUAAUACAUAGGGACUUAAAACCUGAAAAUUUCUUAUUUGCAGAUGCAAAUGAGUCUGCUCCAUUGAAGACAAUUGAUUUUGGCCUUUCCACCUUCCAUGUACCUGGUGAAAGAUUCAGUGAAAUUGUUGGAAGUCCCUAUUACAUGGCUCCUGAGGUUUUGAGGCGUAACUAUGGACCAGAAAUAGAUGUGUGGAGCACAGGUGUAAUCCUUUAUAUUUUACUUUGUGGAGUUCCACCCUUUUGGGCAGAAAGUGAGGAAGGAAUUGCGCAGGCAAUCAUCCGAGGUAAGUUGGAUUUCACUCGAGAUCCUUGGCCUAAAGUUUCAGAGGAAGCAAAACACUUGGUUAAGCGUAUGCUUGAUCCAAAUCCAUACACUCGGAUAACAGGUCAAGAAGUCCUUGAACAUUCCUGGAUACAAAAUAAGGAUCAUGGUCGAACUAUUUCUCUUGGAGACCAAGUGAGAAUGAGGAUCAAGCAAUUCUCCCUGAUGAACAGAUUCAAAAAGAAGGUUCUUAGAGUGGUAGCCGAUAACCUGCCAGAUGAGCAAGUUGAUGGGUUUAAGCAAAUGUUCCAAACUAUGGACAAGGACAAAAAUGGAAACUUGUCAUUUGAAGAGCUCAAAGAUGGGCUUUCAAUGAUUGGACACGUCAUUCCUGAUCAUGAUGUCCAAAUGUUAAUGGAUGCUGCAGAUAUUGAUGGAAACGGCACCCUCAGUUGUGAAGAGUUCAUAACAAUGAGUGUUCAUCUGAGAAGAAUUGAAAGUGAUGAGCAUCUGUCUGAAGCAUUCCGUUACUUUGACAAGAAUCAAAGCGGAUAUGUUGAGUUUGAGGAGUUGAAAGAAGCCUUGUCAGAUGAUGAGUCAGAAGCCAGUGAUGACCAGGUGAUCAAAGACAUUCUAAAUGAUGUUGACUUGGAUAAGGAUGGACGAAUCAGUUUUGAGGAGUUUAAGGCAAUGAUGAAGACAGGAGGAGAUUGGAAAAUGGCUUCUCGCCAGUAUUCAAGGGCAUUGCUAAGUGCAUUAAGCUUCAAGAUGUUUAAAGACACAUCUAACAAAUCUGUGAAGUGUAACUAA